GGCAUUACGAUGGCUGGCCCGAGGUAUUAGAAUACACCAACCACACCUCCAGAAGCUCGUUUCCACUCCUGGGAACCCGGACCAUUAUCCGAUACCGUCCACAAGCACGCCCUCCCCACUUUUGGAACCGCUGUUGCCGCGCCAUCGCAUCCAAUUCGCCUUGGGCCAUGUCUGCCGCUCCUACCGUAGCUCAUGACAUUGUCAAAUCAUUUAUACAACGGUUUGCUGACCUUCCCGUCGACUUGAUCCUCAGGGUGUUUGAACUUCUUGAUGACUCGCCGGUGAUCAAGGAGUUUUUUCUCUACUGGCCUGCCACACGAGAUGUAGUGAUUCAAACCUACUAUGCUCACGAGCUCCACUGCUUAGUAACCCCAACCAGUCAAGGUCACGUAUGUGUGGAUGGACUGGCUGGGAGUGAGGUUUAUGACCUUCAUUUCUCCGGCGAGAUCGAUGAGUUCUUGACUUGGAAUCCCCAUAUCAUUCCCCACAAAUUGGUACUUGUGACCGGAACCGACUUUUACUCGCUUUUCGAUCUUCUCCAGAAAUACAGUGAACGGUUUCGUCAGAGCCCACAACUCGAGGUGUUGAUGGAGGGAAGUAGAAACUAUGUUUUGGAAGACUUGAAGGUGGUGUUGAGCUCACCUAAUUUGCACAGACUACAGUUGUCUCGAUAUGACUUCGAGGCCAUCAGCCCCAUGUUUUUGGCAUUACUCCCGACGCUUGAAAACCUCAAGAUAAUCCAAUUUUUAGGUCAUAGAGUCAAUGACUGGUCGGCCUAUACCUGGCCCCCCAACUUGUUGAGCUUGGAUUGUUCUUGGAACACACAUCUGGAUGUACUCACCUUGUCGUUCAACAGCAGUUUACAGGAGUUAUACUUGAACAUGUCCGACGUUGGCACCCACAACUUGCAGAGCUUGUACACCCGAUUACCUCUGCUGUUGAAGGUGUUGAUGCUUACAUAUAACAGUAUCGACCAGUUGUACGGGAAUCGACUUCAGGACUCGAUUGAGAAGCUCGAUGUUCUGUUCAACCGAAUUCGAUAUCUUGUCGAUGAUCAGCCAACAGACAAGAUCUUGCCUGAGAACCUACGGGAGUUGAAUUUGAGCUCCAACAUCAUCAACAAUGCUUCACUACUCAAGCUUCAGGGUUACCGGUGGCCUGAAAACCUCAAAAUUGUCAACUUGAGUGGAAACAGAUUCACUAAUCUCUACCUUUUGCAACUCCCUGAUUCGGUCGAGAGUUUGAACCUUGACGGCAACGAUGUGCAAUUCUACGUGGAUGGGCCCCUCAUACGGCUGUACAAAUUCCCAUCCCAAUUGAAGUAUCUUCUGUUUUACAAUAGUAAACGGCUCAUGGCUCAAAUCGACGCUGCCGUCUCCGAAAACUUGGUCAAAAACCACGUCGAGUUCCCUGACGGCCUCCGGCAUUUGUCCAUGAUCGGAUGCAAUCUCCGUUCGUUCAGCUCCUUCAAGUUUCCUAAGUUUCUCUCAGAACUCAGUGUGGUUUCCAACUUAAUUGCGUCAGUUGAUUCGUACGAGUUCAGCUGGAAGGAGAUGGUCAACCUCAAAAAAGUGGAUUUGGAUCAAGCAACUGAUACAAGUAACUGGGCCAAACCGCCAAAUCUCAACCAGCAGAGGUUCUCGUCAAGAUAUUAGUUCUGUUGGGUAGUUUCGCACCCGAAGAUGGAUGCAAAUUUAGAACGUAAGUUAAUUGGCCGGUUGGUUGAGACAAGUACAACAGAACAUUAAAUGACCAUUCUUGCAACUCUAUCCAAUAUCAAAUCCAAUACCUACACUCUAGUGAUUAUUUUUCUGCACACAUUGUUAUCCUCAUUGCAUUCACAUGGUAAUGGUAUAGAGACUGGUCAAAGGCUCUGUGAAAAAUCCAGUGAAUAAAUAACUGUAUGGAAAAGAAGAAAAUACCUCCUAUGGCUCUAUAUACUCAAGCGGACCAUUCGUACCAUUUAUCUGAUCAGUCUGUGCCUCUGAAUAGGGGGCUGCGGGGGAGUACCGCGAGCACCUCGCGAAACGGUGCUAGCCCUGUGGUGGCAUGGGGGGAGACACGGACGUGUACCUACCGCAUUAGACGAAAUCAAAACAAAUGUUUACACGAAAACCGCAGAAAAAAACAUCAAAUAAAUAAACCUAACUCGUUAAUAGUUUGAUACCAAAGCACACAUAAUGAGAGAAAUUAUCCAUUUGUCCACUGGUCAAUGUGGUAACCAGAUUGGAGCUGCGUUCUGGGAAACCAUCUGUGAUGAGCACGGGUUGGAUAACAACGGAAACUUUCAUGGUGAUGAUAAGUUGCAAAGAGCCAAAUUAGAUGUGUACUUCAACGAAGCGUCGAGUGGAAAAUACGUUCCAAGAGCCGUUUUGGUUGAUUUGGAACCAGGUACCAUUGAUAAUGUCAAGACCUCGAAGAUCGGUAAUUUGUUCAGACCUGAUAACUAUAUUUUUGGUCAAAGCUCUGCUGGUAACGUUUGGGCCAAAGGUCAUUACACCGAAGGAGCAGAAUUGGUUGAUUCGGUCAUGGAAGUCGUAAGAAGAGAAGCCGAAGGAUGUGACUCCUUGCAAGGGUUCCAGAUCACUCACUCUUUGGGUGGUGGUACUGGUUCUGGUAUGGGAACUUUGUUAAUCAGCAAGAUCAGAGAAGAAUUCCCCGACAGAAUGAUGGCAACGUUUUCCGUGGUUCCAAGUCCAAAGACCAGUGAUACCGUUAUUGAACCAUAUAACGCUACGUUGUCUGUCCAUCAAUUGGUGGAAAACUCGGAUGAAACUUUCUGUAUCGAUAACGAGGCCUUGUACAACAUUUGUCAAAGAACAUUGAAAUUGAACCAACCAAACUACGCUGAAUUGAACAGCUUGGUGUCUUCUGUGAUGUCUGGUGUCACCACUUCCUUGCGUUACCCAGGUCAAUUGAACUCUGAUUUGAGAAAGUUGGCCGUGAACUUAGUUCCCUUCCCAAGAUUACAUUUCUUCAUGGUUGGUUACGCUCCUUUGACUUCGAUUGGAUCUAAGUCUUUCAGAUCUUUGAGUGUUCCUGAAUUGACCCAACAGAUGUUUGAUGCUAAGAACAUGAUGGCUGCUUCAGACCCAAGAAAUGGUAGAUACUUGACGGUUGCCGCUUUCUUCAGAGGUAAGGUAUCUGUCCAAGAAGUUGAUGAUGAAAUGUACAAAAUUCAGCAAAGAAACUCGUCCUACUUUGUUGAAUGGAUUCCAAACAAUGUGCAAACUGCUAUUUGUUCAGUUCCUCCAAAAGAUUUGGAGAUGUCUGCCACCUUUAUCGGUAACUCCACCUCUAUCCAAGAGUUAUUCAAGAGAAUUGGUACUCAAUUCAGUGCCAUGUUCAGAAGAAAGGCUUUCUUACAUUGGUACACCAGUGAAGGUAUGGAUGAAAUGGAAUUUACUGAGGCCGAAUCUAAUAUGAAUGACUUGGUUAGUGAAUACCAACAAUAUCAAGAUGCAGUUAUUGAAGAAGAUAUCGACUACGCUGAUGAGGCUCCUUUGGAUGACAACUAGGCUUAAAUCUAGAGUUUCUAGUGGUCGGUUUUAUACUAUUUUUGAAUUUUUCUUGAGUUAGAAGUCGUAGAGUUAAGAGGGUCUUCUAUGUUUGUUGAAUAUAAAUGUAAUAAUUACAGUGUUUAUAUCUAUUCAUGGGUGUGUAUUUUCUUACUAAUGCAGUAUCGUGUCUAGUUGUUUCCUCUCAAGAAGUUCGUGACGAAGUCAUUUUUGUCAAUCUUGCCAGGCUCGGUCUGGUCAUCAAAGUAUCUCAAAACAUGACACUGUUGUUUCCAGAAAUUGUUCAACUCCUGAAACUCCAUUUGCCCCUUCAUGUACAACACGUUGGCCACUCCCAAAUCGUUGACAUAUCUCUGUCUUUCAAACUCUUGUCUAAUCUUGGUCUUGACGUUGGACACAGGCAUAUCCAACUCGUAAAUGUCACUCAUUUCCUUGGAAUAUCUCAUAUAUUUCCGGUACAAGUGAAUCACACGUUUUCUGAGUUCAGCAUUGGUUGCCGACCUCUUGGUGGUUUCAGCGAAUUCUGUUGCCAACGUCAUGGAGAUGUGAUUUGUUUUUAGAAGAUUUUGGUUGGUUAAAAUUUGCGCGAACUUUCAAGUUGUGCUGCGUGCGACGACUUGUUGCCAACCGUAUCUCUAAUGCGAAUCAAGAGUCUGCUGGAUGGAUCCAACAACUUUAUGAACCGACACAAUUCGAAGCACCAAUCCCAGUAACACAUGUUAACUAGCCUCUCAAUCAAGCUCAAUAUGAUUUUUUCGUCGUUGCUGUCGAGAUAACCCGAUGAGUUUUCGGUUUCUUCCUCCAGCUUUAGGUUCAAGUAUAUAAUCAAGAAAUUGUAGCCAAGCUGGACAUUAUUGGAGUCCAAUAACUUGUUCAUCAAGUUGAACGGGUCAGUCUUGAGGAUUCUGAAAAAGUUGGACCAGUACUUGAACUCUAUUUUCCGGAGACAGUUGAUGAAUAUCAGCUCGUAGUUAUCGGCGAGCUUAAUGAGAUCGAGCAAGGAGUGAAUAAGGGGGUUUUCUUUAGUGAGAUAGUCGAAAAGAAGAAGCUCGAGACAGUAGGUAUACUGGCUGAAGCUGGAAAACUUUGUGUGGAUCAUCCUGAC